GCUAAAAGAUAAAAGGUUUCCCUUGUCGUUUUACCUCUAGACUUGGAGUUCCAUUAGUAUAAAAUUAGUUGUAGUUGUUGUUUAGGCCCUAACAAAUGUUGGUUGUACCUAAAACUGCAUUGAAUAAUUGGUCGGCUGGCUGUUACCAGCGUGUUUGGAAUCUCUGAAACUAUAUUCUCUUUGUGUGCAACUUUGUCUUGAUGUAGAAUUUGAUAUCAUUUCAAGCUCCAAAACUGGUAGUAGUCUUUAUUUGUGUGUGUGUAUAUAUAGGGGUACAUGAAAGAGCAUACUCAGUCAGUUAAACACUUCUCUCUUUGAACUAUUAUUGUCCUUCCACCAAAAAUUAUGUUUGGAACGAUUUCUGAAGAGAUUGAAGUAGCUGUGCCUGCCAGUGAAGCUUGGAAGGUAUAUGGCACGCUUCAAUUGGCCAAUAUUGUGGUCAAAGAGCUCCCUCAUGUCCUACACAAGGUUGAUGUAAUUGAAGGUGAUGGCGGUACUGGGACAGUCCUCAAACUAACCUUUCCACCUGGCACUCCGCUGUUUACCUAUUCCAAGGAAAGAUUUUCUGUUGUGGAUGAUGAGAAUCGGGUAAAAGUAGCUCUGGUGGUGGAAGGUGGGCUUCUUGAUCACGGAUUCACUUUCUUUCAGGUGCGCUUUGAUGUCAUAGAGAAGUAUGAAACAACAUGCAUCACCAAAGCCACGAUUGAGUAUGAGGUCAAGCAAGAAACAGCUGCUAAUGUUUCAUUUGUUAGUAUUCAAACUUUUGUGACCAUAAUGGAAGCUGUUGCUAAGUAUCUAACUCAGCAGAAAGAUGGUCAAUAAUCUCCCCGAUCCCUUUGUUUCUGUUAAGCCCGUGAGGAUGUUAAUUCAUGAAAUUGCUUCAUACUAGCAGAAGACAGAAAGCUUGUCUGUAUUUGUGUAUUGAAUUUAGCUUGUACCAUUUGCCUCCUAGAAGGGGAAAAUGAAUAAAUAAGAACCUCACAAUCGCUGAUUAUUAGAAAUGGAAUAACUAGCAUCACAGGAUAGUAAUUAGCUGUCUACGACCCUAUUACGGAAAAGAUGCGGGAGUUUCUUAAAAAUUUGGUCAAGGUUUGAGGAUGAGAUAGUUUCUAUUGUGUGUCUCUGAUGAUUGUUAUGCGGAGUUUCUUGUUCAGAGUCACAGAAAUUUCAAAAUAACGUACGUACUAACAAGGCUGUCAAAAUAUAGUCAAUCAUAAAAUUAGAUCUGGAUUUGUGAUAUAUAUUUCUUUCUCCAACCUAAUCACACAUUGAUGAAAUUUAGAUUGUUAGUUACUAGUGCUGACAUUUCAACAGAAGUUUUGACAAUUUUGUUAACUCAUUUAAUUCAUGGUAUUAUGAUGUCUGGUAUUUUGGCUAAUUGGUGUUCCAACAUGGAGGUUAUCAGAUGGGUCAUGACUUGGCCUGA